CGCUGCUGGGCUCGGCCGCCGUCAGCCCCGAGCGGAGCCUGGCGUGGGGCCCCGGGCUGGAAGCGGGGCUCACCCUGCCCGUGCGCUACUUCUACAUCCAGGCGGUCAGCUCGGCCGGACGCAACUUCUCCCGCUCUCCCCCAGGAAGAACACAAUUUAAAGUGGUAAUAAAAGCACUUUCUCCAAAAGAGACCACCAGAAUUUACACUCCUCACCCUCUGGAUAGAAAUGAUGGCACAUUUCUUAUGCGGUAUCGGAUGUAUGGGAGUGUCAGAAAAGGGCUAAAAAUUGAGAUACUUUAUGGUGAUAAGCAUGUAGCUCAAUCUCCUUACAUUUUGAAAGGACCGGUUUAUCAUGAAUAUUGCGACUGUCCUGAAGAAGACCCUGAGAUCUGGCAGAAUGUUUUCUCUUGCCCAUCCCAAGAACCUCAGAUUACGAAGGACUUCAUUUCCUUUCCCACCAUUGACCUUCAGCGAAUGUUUAAAGAAAUCCCGUCAAAGUUCAGUCAAACAAGAGGUGCUAUUGUUCAUUACACUAUUCUCAAUAAUCACAUCUACCGUCGUUCCUUAGGGAAGUACACAGACUUCAAAAUGUUCUCUGAUGAAAUGUUACUGUCACUGGCAAGAAAGGUUCAUCUUCCCGAUGUGGAGUUUUACCUUAAUGUUGGAGAUUGGCCAGUUGAGUACCGAAAAGCUAAUGAUACACCUGGGCCUAUACCCAUCAUUUCAUGGUGUGGCUCUGUGGAUUCAAGAGACAUCGUCCUUCCAACAUAUGACAUAACCCAUUCGACUCUUGAAACCCUGCGUGGUGUCACAAAUGAUCUCCUUUCUAUUCAAGGAAAUACAGGCCCGUUCUGGGAAAACAAAACUGAACAAGCUUUGUUCAGAGGUCGAGACAGCCGGGAAGAACGUCUCUAUCUUGUUAAGUUAUCCAAGGAAAAUCCAGAACUGCUGGAUGCUGGAAUAACAGGAUAUUUCUUCUUCAGAGAAAAAGAAAAGGAGUUGGGAAAGGUUCCACUGAUGGGCUUCUUUGACUUCUUUAAGUACAAAUACCAAGUGAAUGUUGAUGGGACUGUAGCAGCUUACAGGUUUCCAUACCUCUUGCUGGGUGACAGCCUAGUACUGAAGCAAGAUUCCCAGUACUAUGAACAUUUUUAUACUGUAUUGAAACCAUGGAAACAUUAUGUUCCAGUUAAGAGAAGCCUGGAGGACUUGCUAGAGAAAAUAAAAUGGGCUAAGGAAAAUGAUGUUGAAGCACAAAAAAUUGCUAAAGAAGGACAGUCAGUGGCAAGAGAAUUACUUCAGCCUCACAGGCUUUACUGCUACUAUUACAAAGUGCUCCAGAAAUAUGCCGAACGCCAAGCCAGCGAACCUGAAAUACGGGAUGGAAUGGAACUUGUACCUCAGCCUGAUGACAGAGACUCAGUAUGCAGUUGCCACAGGAAAAAGCCUUUAAGGGAAGAUCUAUAACUGUACCGGAUGGAGAAAAUCACCCACUUACAAUGCAAGAAUUUAAAUAGGAUAUAAGCUGUGAAGUCUAAGACACUUAUGCACUAGCAGACAGUCUUAGUUAUGUAUUCUUAUUGUAUUUACAUAUCCUUUUUCACACUGACUCUGGCCUGCAGCGUUGGUUCCCACAGUUUUGUCUCCAUGACCACCACCAGGCUGAUGCUGAGCCUGUUAGUGGGGGGCAUUCAGGUUUGUGUACUGCAUCAUCAAGGAAGAAGAGUGGAGUGCUGCUCGUGAUCCAGAUGGGACCCAGAUACCAAAGUUUUGUGUGAAACCAGUCAUCCAAAAGAGAUCUCCUAUGAGUCAGGGCAAGUUAUUCUAAAGGAGCAUUUGCAACAUUCUAAAGCAGUGUUAUGAUUUCUUCAUAAAGUUUACCUCAGUUUUAGAUUAUUUCUUGUGUACAAAACAAUUUUCUAACUAGGCAAAGAAAAUGAAUAUUUGAGAUUUACAGAUAUCAAAUCUGCUGUUGCUUCAAGAUCAUUUUGUGGUGUAUGACUUAACAGAAUAGAGAACACGAUUUAAUCUUUAUCAAUUUCAGUGGAAAACUGAGAGGAGGGGGAAAGAUGGGAAUAGUAUUUUUGUAAGCACAGAAUCAUGGAAUCAAAGGGAUUUGAAGGGACCUCUGGUGAUCAUCUAGUUCAGCACUCCCCCCCACUAAAGCAGGUUCCCUAGAGUCGAUUGCACACAGUUGCUCUGAAUCACCAAAAUUAAAUACUGCUUUAGACUGUGUAGCUAUCUAAACUAUCGCAGUCAUGCUGCUCUGAGUGCCAGCACACCACUCUGAAGUCCUGUUCCUUGCUAUUGACCAUGUCUCUGAAUAUAGGUACAGAUCCAUAGAAGGACUUAGCAACUUCAGGGACAGGUGAAAUAUUAGUACAGUUACCAUCUACACUAUUCUAGGCUACUUGACUAUUCAUGCAUCUGAAAUUUUUAGUAAAGUUUUAGACUACCUAGGUUUUACUUUGCUGUAGGGCUAAUAAUGUCGCUGUAUUUUCACUUGGGUUCAUGAACUACUUUUCCUGUGCCUAAUUCCUCAAACGGAGCUUAUCCAUUUUCUGAAUUUAGAUAAAACCUACCUAAUCUAAUACUGAGAGCACUGAAUUCAGUGGACAGCAGAUCGGCUACCACUGUUUUGGUAGAAAAACCUAUGCUGCAUUUUCUAUGUAAUAGCCGAGAGGUUAGAGGCCGUACUGAGCAAUGGGGAAGAUAAUUUUGUUCUCUUUAAUUUGAUUCAAAGAUAAAUUUCCCAAGUGCCUUAGAUACAUACUGGAGACGAGUUCUUCAAGUCGUCCACUGAAGUUGUGAAGCCACAAAGCUAAUGAUAGAAAAUUCAUAGGGCCCAAAGGAGCUGGCCAUAUUGCAGUGGUAAAAUGUACCUUCAAGUGGUAUGAAGGAAGCAUCCUUGUCCUGGAUGCUGCUCCCAGUGCCUCUGACGAUGUUUACCCAAGAAACUGUCUAUUUCAAAACGUAGGUAAACAGUCCUGGAAGGAGAGACCAAUGCCAAACCUUCCCAAUCCCACCAUAGAGUUCACUGAUCAACAUGUAACAUCUGGCUUCCAGACUGAAAGUCAGCUUCUGUAGAUUUCUGGUAAAAAUCCAUUCAAAGUUGGUACUUCAAUUAAAUUCAGAUUACUUUUGAAAUGUAUAGCUGUGAAAAGCAGCAAAGGUUGACAGGAAAACAAAUACAUAUGAAAUAAACCAUGAGUUCAGUUGGGCUGAAAUCAUCCAAGCAAGAUAAGUGCUGAAAGCUACCUGCGUCACCAAGCCCAGUACCUCUCAUCUCAUUCAUAAGUUUUCUUCCAGGAGGAAAACAAAGAUAUUUGGUGUUUGCACAGUGACAAAACUGCAGUAAGAAAACAAAGAUUUUCAGAAUGCUUCAGCUUUCUAACUCUGUGGUGUCUGUGUUCUUCCUACUCGGUUACACUCACAUAAUGCCUUACCUGAAUACCUAAUUCUCUUUGUGCAAAAAGGAGUGGAAACAUCCUGUGAUUGUGGACUCAUCUAAUGCUCAGAUGUCCAGAUUUCAGUGCUGUACGCUUCAUAUGGGUUUCAUUCUUGCAUGUGACACUGUGACACAGCAAGUUACUCUCAUAAAAUACAUGAAAAAAAAAUCUGUACUAGAACAGGAAGAAAAACCAGAUUUUCUGCAUGCUAAAUGUGGAAAGAAUCUCACGUUUCUAAAGAAACUGCUCCUCGAUUAUUUAUUGCACUAUUCUGGUUAAGAAAAAACCUGAAACAUCUUGUUCUACCCAUCAACACAUUGUUCUAGUUCUAACACCAAUAUAAAUAGUGGUUGUAUUUUCAUUUGUAUGGCAAUCAGUACUAGGACUUCAGCCUACAAAUAUAUGUUCAGCUCAUCUGACAGAAAAUUUCUGCAUCAAAAUUCAGAAACACCAUUCCAUUGUUAGGGUGAUACUUAAAACUGGAUAUGUUGUCUUCUCUUUUUAUAGUCAUUUUUAUUGUACAAUAUGAUCUUAUAUGAUCCAUUAUCUGCAUUUUUUAUUCAUCACAAUUUAUGAAGUGUUGUGCUCAGCAAAGGCAAUUACAUGUACCAGAAAGCUGAAGUAACAAAAGUUGCCCCUUGCACACAUAUUUCAAAGCAAAAAUCCCAAAUUGAUGUGAUUAUAUCGUAAAAAAAUGUGAAGGAAUGGUGGGAGUCAGGGUUCUUUGCAAAUAACUGUAUAGGAAAACUUGCCUGGCUUGAAACAUGAGUAUCUCAGUCUGGACAAAGAAGCAGAUAAAACGUAUUUGGUCAUGGUUAUAAAUAAAAGUGAAUAUUUUGUCCCUCUCUUUUUCCCUCAAAGACAGGUAACAAAAUCUUCUAAAUUCUCUGCCAAAAAGAACUCCCUUCAAAGCAGAGAGUAGUUUUUGACAGAGUGACUUAAAGAUGUUUUAUAGCGUAGAGGCAAGCAAUACCCUAACAAAUACGAAUACAUUCAUCUUGCCAAAAUUAAAAAACAGCAGAGACACAGUAGGGUAGGUCUUUCAUUAAAUGUGCUUAGUCAUUUGAGAAAAUCUGGUUUAAUUUAUAACUACUGAUCUUCCAAAGAUAAAGGAAGGUAUGGCCUCCCUUGUUUUCAUUGGUGGUUCUAUAUGCAAUUUAAACUGUAAUGAUGAGCAAUCACAACAAUUGCCCCUCCAGGCCAGAAAGAUGUCAGAUCUAUUUUAGUUUGAUGACAGGUGAUAUUUACUGGCCUGGUGUUAUAGGAAUUGCUAAAUAUUCACUAAAACCUGUUCGUACAAGUAAAGUGUAAUACACACAUUGUACAGUAUUUUAAGCUGCAUAUAUAUGCUAGAGUUUCUGUUAUUCUCUAGUAGUUCAGCACUGAGUAAAUAUCUACUACACCUAACAGUAGCUUUGCACAGUGAAUGCUCCAGAAAAUUCACACUUGUAUGUUGUCAUGCAUAUGUCCUAAUAUAUCUAGACACCCACAUUUGGAAAUACCCAACAUCAGUUUCAUCUUGAAAUGAGAACCAGUAAAUCAUGAUCUGUUGUCCAUAACAGAGAUAUAAAUUCAGCACAUUUUUAGACUGUUUUUUAAGAUUUACCUCAAGAUAACUAAUAUAUUAGUUUCAUGGCAGUAUUGUUCCAGAUCCGCCUUGUAGAUUCAUAAUUAAAAAGCCCUAUAAUCAAAGGUUGCCUGAUGGAAUGUUAGAUUCAAGCAUCCAUCCCGGGAAGCUGACGCCCAACAUUUAUUACAUUAGAAAGUAAAUUAUUUAGUUAGGGAGGAGAGCUGAUAGGGAAAACGUACAUCACCUGUUUGAGCAUGUUUGAGAAGCUUGGAAAGAAAUGAUAAUAGGGAAAAGAAGCAUUACAUAAACCUAGGAUAUUAUCAUCUCCUUUGCAGCUUCAGGUUUUCAAAAGUGUUCUGAAAGGGCAGUGAUGAAGUACAAGAGGUUGUAUAAAUAUAUUUUAGUUCACCAGAUUUAAACACUAGAAUAUGUCUAUGGAUAUUUUUUUAGCAUUUUAAUGAGGUUUUUGUUUCAAGUGGUUGAUAACGUAAGAAAAACUGUACUGUAGACAGUUAAGGCACUAAUUUUGUGUUUUGCUGUAAGAAUAAGGGUAAAGGGAUUAUUUUGCCUAUCUGUUUGAAGACAACGGGGACAUUUGUAGUGCAUGCCUUAAUCCAGGCCCAUCAUGUGAGUAAUAAGCAAGAGAUGUAUUAGCAAAAGUGUGGCCAGUAGGUCAAGGGAGAUGUUUCUUCCCCUCAACUUGGCAGAUGUGGGACUUCAGCUAAAGUACCAUAUUCAAUGCUGGAUUCCCCAGUACAAGGAAUUCACUGAUAUAAACUAGCAGAUCCAGCCGAGGACCAACAGGAUGAUUGAUAAAAGGUUUGGGGCACAUGGUGAAGCUGAGAGACAAGGUUAACUCAGCCUUCAAAAGUGAAGGUAAUUACCUUAGUGAACUCCAGAGGGAGAAUGUAGAGAAGUAAAGCCAGACUAUUCUCAGAGGUACACAGCAGAAGGCCUAAAAACAAGAUGCAAGCUGUAGCAUGGGAAAUUCCAAUACUAUAGCGAAAAAAUCUUCAUAUUGCAUGACUUCCAGAUGUCCCUAUCAAUUUACAUCGUUCUAUGUGUACUGCUUGACACUGCAAGCCUUUAUCAAGGAGGAUAAAAGCAUCCAUCUCCCAAGUGUCUCCAAGAGGCAAUGUAGCCUUCUUCUGCUGAACCUUUUGACACUAUUCAUGUUUAUGUCUCCCUUGAUAAUAUUGUUUAAGUUGUGUAAACAUUUUAAUACUGGCUUACGAGACUGUAAAGUUACAUGUUUAUAUUAUUAUCAUAUAUCAUACCAUACUGUAUUCAUGCGUUAUGCAGAGGAUUUGAUGGAAAUAGGAUACACUGACUUGGAAUUACAAGACCUGACUUUCUGAGAAGCUGAGUAUAGACUUUACACAUAGGAGACAAUUGCAAAAGUUUUGAGCACAGAUGUGAACUUUCAAAGUAAUUAAUUUCAGGAAAGGAAAUAUUAAGGUACUUUCUAGGUUAGGCAUAUCCUUAAAUACUCAGUGUAGAUCACUGCUGAGUGAGAAUGAUGUAUUUCCAUCCUACUCCCAAUACUAAGAAAAUUCCAUCAGGAUCCAUUUGUAUCACAUAUUCACAAUGUAGCAUAGAGAUACUCAAGACAGCCCAGAAUAGCAGAGGGGCCUAUGAGAACCAGGAUAGACCUUCACAUGGUUAACUUCCUGCUAUAAACCAGUGGAAUAAAUUAUUCUGGGCAGGAGUUGGGUAAAAGCCAGGCAAUUCUAGCUCUACAUGAAAGACCAUGAUCUCCGCUAUAGCCUAUGCCACUUACAGAGGUUUGUUUAACAUGAGUAAACAUUGUUGCUUACCUUCAGGUCAACAAUAACCACACUUCCACAUACUCUCUUUUUCUCCCAAAAUGUCCAGCCAAGCUGUUACACCACACUUCACUGCAGAGAUAGUAUUGUGUGGCCAGGAUAAACCAAAACAAUUGCUACAGAGUUAGCAGCCUUCAGGUCCAGUAUUUGAUUUCAUCUUUUGUGCUACACACACUGAAGUCUUCACUGUUGCAACAGAAAGAGAUUUGGAGUGUUAUAUAAACAUGGAAAUCUGCUGACAGAGAGAAAAUGGGUUAGACUGAAAGUUGGAUUUGCUUCCAAGUGAUGAUGUUUUUGCUCCUACAGUCAAAAUCAUGAGCUGUUACUUCAGAAAAAACAUUAGUUUUGUCAGUAUUGUUCGUUUCACUGAAUGAACUAUAAAAGCCCAAAUCAAAGAAAGCAAAACAAAAAAAAGCUUUGCUGGUAAAAGUUGUUACUCUUUUAAAGAAAGAUAGGUGAUACAGAUACUUCAGUACAUAAUUUAUAGUGAAGACAUGAAGUGAAUUUAGUAAGCAAAAUAAAUUCAAAUGGAUCCUACAGGGAUAAUCUAUGCUGUAUUACUCUACACUUAUAAUGAACUCCAACACUAGACAGCUCACAACAGUGAAAUCAAGAGUCAGAGUUACACAAUAAAAUUUCAUCAUCUAGUGUAUAACAUAAAGAAGAGUCAAGAAAACAUAUUUCUUCUGACAUAAUCACUCAAGAAAUAUCCAAAAAGAGAUUCAAUUUAUUCAAUCAGGAGUCCUUAAAAUGGUUUACUUCUGCUAUUUAGUAAAGUGAUUUAUUUAAAAAAUGACAAGAAUGUAUGUUGCUGAUACAAGGUACAUCUCUGCCAAUAAAUUCUGCUUUUCUCUGC